CCCACAGCAAGCUUUAGCGCAUUUUUACAGGGUUCGUAGGUGUCAUUAGCGAGCACGUUCCGCUGGGAUCUGUGCCGAAUGGGCCUCUAAGGCUAGCUGGGAUCCUUGCUGCUGUUACAUUUUGCGGCGGCAGGAACACGACGACAUCUCUGUCAGGUCCAACUUUAAAAUAAACUUCGGAACCGGGAUAUAGCUAUGACACUAUGUUGCUUCUUGUCUGUUUGAUAAAAAGCGAUGCUACUCUUACCCCCUUGGUAUUUAACCCUUAACAUUCAUAUCUCAUCAACUACCCAAUAAGUCGUAGAGCAGCAAACAGAAAUCCCAUCGCCAUGGCACUGCUCGUUCGGCUCGGCCUACGCCGCCCCAUCAUCUGGGAGCGUCCGACGAUACUAGAUUGGCUUCUAGAGGCGCCUCUUCAGGGGCUUAUAUUCUACAUAUACCACAUAGUCUUAUGGCUACGCAGUAACCGAACUAGACCGCCACGGGGAAAGCACCCCAUCAAGAUUGUGUGCUUAUCGGAUACGCAUGAGUCUAUCGUUCAAAAUGUUCCUAAUGGCGACCUAUUAAUCCACUGCGGUGACCUGGUGAAUGACGGUAAAGCUGCCUCCAUUCAAAAACAAAUCGACUGGCUGGCCUCUUUACCACACCAGCACAAGAUUGUUGUCUGUGGUAACCACGAUAGCUGGUUCGAUAUUAGCUCUAGGACGGAGGAAGACAAGAUUCGUGGUGAUUCUGUUGAUAUGAGAACAAUACAUUAUCUUGAGCACCAAUCUAUCACCCUUAACUUUCAGGAGGGGCGGAAAUUGAACAUCUACGGUGCCCCUGAUAUACCUGAGUGCGGUGGGCCCGAUAAUGCAUUCCAAUACGCAUCGUACCAAAACCCGUGGGAAGACACCGUGCCCAUAGAUACGGAUAUUCUUGUUACGCAUACUCCACCAAAACAUCAUCUGGAUCUGUCUCUUGGUUGUCCUCAUCUACUUCGAGAGAUAUGGCGGAAAAAGCCCAAAGUGCACAUGUUUGGCCAUGUCCACUGUGGCCGGGGGUUGCAGCACGUGUUCUGGGAUGAGUGUCAAAAGCAGUACGAGAGAGCCAUGUCUCGUCCGAAGCCAGGGUUGUUUUACAACGUACUCGACUACCGGGCCUGGCUGGAUGUAUACAGGGUGCUGUAUUACGGCGUCACUAGCAUUUUAUGGCACUGGCUAUUCCUCGGAGGAGUUGCAAACCGGAGCAUCCUGAUCAAUGCUGGUAUGCAGAACGGGACUUCGGGGAAAUUGAGUAGAAAGGCCCCUAUAACGAUCACAAUUUGAGAUCAUAGGAGGGCUACGUGAAGGCUUAUUGGCAAGGAAUAGCAUCCAAGUGGUAAUUAAACCCACAUCCUAAGUUGACAGGCGGGUUUAUAUCUC